AUGCCUCUCUUCGGCCGCCGCGAGCCUUCUCCUCCACCGGCCCCUGUGGCUUCUCCUACAAAAAAGACUGGCUUGUUCUCCCGCCGUCGCUCGUCCAGCUCAGAUAUCCAUCGCUCCUCAACCCACCACUCUCACUCUACAUCGACAUCGAGCACGAAGCGCCACUCGUCAGUCCUGCACCGAGGAUCAGGCGACCCCAGCAUCCACGCUGCAACACAGUCUUUGCGACAAGCAGAGGCCGCUGAGCGCGAGGCAGAUGCAGCAUUGUUUAGGGCGAAGAACGCAGUACGGGAGGCACGUGAACAUGUGAGGAAGUUGGAGAGAGAAGCAGCUGAGGAAGCGCGCUUGGCGAAGAUAAAGCAGAGCGAGGCGAAGGCGUUGGGGAAGAAGGGCAGAGCUCUCGGCCGCCACGACCACGUCGUCUAG